AUGGAUUGGGUAAUUCAAGCAGCAAAAAAAAAAACUAAAAGACCACCCGGAGGUUCCAGGUCAAUAGUUGAGUCCCUCAAUAUCUUUAAUGAGGUAGUGAUCGAAGGCCAAUCAGAAAUAAGCUCGAUUCUCAAUGAAACAGAUCAUUGGCUGAAAAGUGAAAUAAACACAUUUAAAAUCGUGGAUACAGGAACUAGAUGUGUAGGUGAGACAAGCUCAAUGGUAAGUCCAGAAAAAACGCAGUCUACAUUUGAUAUGGACUAUAAACUUGGUUCCAGCCUUAAGAAAACAGUACAGGAAAAUGAAUGCGAAGAGAAAGAGACGCCAGAAGGAACGAAACACGAAUUUCCAAGUACGACACCAAAGUCUCUGGCAGAGGAUACUACUACGGAUUUGGUUAGAAGACUACCUGAGCAAAAGAUAGGAAGUGAGAUUCAAAAAGAUGAAAGCAACAUGCGUAGUGAAGAAACCACUAUUUGGUCACCGUUCAAACGAGAAAGAUCACUUAAAGGGACAAUGAAUGUUGGUUCGCAAAGCUUGGUAAACAGAGCCAUAGCAAAUCCACAGUCGUCACCAUCUGUGACUUUAAGAGUCCUAGAAUCUGCGAAAGAAACAGUGCGUCAUGGAGACACAAGCCCACCUACGAGAAGCUUAAAUCAGGUUGUAAAGGAUAGAUCUCAGAGAAGGUCAAACAUGUUUGUACCGCUGCCAAACAAGGACCCUCUUAUUGUUCAGCAAGCAGUUCCAGAAAUACCUGCCAUAAGUAAAACCGUUAUCCCAACUUAUACAGCUACUGCAUCUUAUAACCACUUGAAGCAGAAAAGUGAAUCUAGCAGAUCAGGAAGACUUUCAUCGUCAAACCGCGAUAUACAAUUGAUGCCAUUGAAACAAAAAAACCCAAAUAAAGAAUCUCAAACUUCGGGUCGUGAGAUUGAGAAGCUAACAUCUCUAAAAGUACCGAAAGCUACAACUAGUGUUUUUGAUCGUUUAUCCUCUCUACCGACAAAGUCCUCUGAGAACAAAAUUGCGGUUAAGCCAGCAGAAAAAAAGAUGUCAUCAUCAUCGUCAAUUGACGUGACAGGCUCACCGAUGAGAAGGACGUCUUUUUCCGUUCGAUCGAGUGCGAUUAUAGAUACGUCUAUACAGGAAACACUUAAAACCAUAUUCUCUUCAAAAAAUCGAAGUCAUGUGGAUCAGAAAUCGUACCAGGUGGCGAAACUCCGGUCUGACAAAGCUUCCAAGAAUAACAACUUACAAAAUAGCGAUAAAUACGUUCAGGAUUCUUCCCAAUCAACCAAGAAGACUCUUGUACCUGUUCACAGUACGCACCUUUCAAAUCUCAAUAAUGGUCCAAGGAAGCAAGCAAAAAGCGAGCAGCAUAUGUCUUCCAUGGUGGAAAUACCUAGUGGGAUAGCUCAUAACAGAAUAAAGUCUCCAACGCGGCAGAACAUCAACGAAACGAAGAGCGACAAAUCAGCGAGCAGCCAGACAGAAAAGUCCAUAUCUCCAAAUUCACUAACACACAGCAACUGCAUUCCAACUACCAUUCAGCCGUUAUUCGAAUCAAAUGAAGUGAGGAGUCCGUCACACGAUAAACGUGGCGAGAACAGGUCAAAGAAUCAUGAUAGGCUAACCAAGUUCCAAUUAUUACCUCCCAUCGAAUCUGAAAAGGAUGAUUUGAAACGUAAAUUAAGCAAAAGGCUCUCCGAAGUCAUGAGGACGCAACAAAAUCAACAUCGUAGGAAGCAAGAUCAACAAAAGAGAAAGUCUAAUCUCGAGGAGGAUUUCAAGAGAAGAACAAGACUUUGGAAUGAAACCAAAGGAGUUCCUCCAACGGAAAAUUCAGCAGGUCUGUCCAUUGAAGAGGACGGUAGUCCACAACACCCCGAAAAUAAUAAUAUCUUGCAUGACCUGAAUGUUGUGGACCACAGAAAUAUUAUUGGUGGAGAUUCUCGCCGAAGUGACAAUCGGUACGAUAAUGAUAACGAAUUAGCUAAUCAAACAUUGCCAGAAAUCAACUCUGAUUCGGAGGAAGAAGAAGACUAUACGAUCCCGUCUUGGGCCAGCCCUCCUUAUCUACAGCAACAGCUCUACUUACAACAAAACUGGGAUCCAAAAAAGAUUUUUGGCCCGUUACCGGCACUACAUAUCGAUCAGAUAUUUCAGAACUCCAGGUUUAGCAGAUUGAAAUCACGACAAUCGACAGCGAAAAAUAAUGCGGUUUAA